GAUAAAUGUGAUCGCUCCAAAUACACCAGGUGAGCAGUUGGACGUGGACCUCCAGAGUAGCCCCAGAAGUCAUCACUAUGCUCCCUUGAGGUAGACAUGUCUGUAGGCAUCUAAACCAUCCUCCACCUCACCUUCUGUUAAGUGUUUCAUCAUGUGCUUUUUUUUUUAAUUUCUAACAAAAAAUUCCAGUAAGAAUUCUGAUGGAAGGUUCAUGUUAUCACCAGAUUAUAAAGUAGAAGAUGAAGAUAUCGGGCAGCGCUCUUCAGGAGAAAACCUCAUUACCCAUAAUGUCCAUCUAGGACUUCACAGUACAGAUCUACCAUAUAAUGCUCCUAAUUAUAAGGAACCUUCUUCUGAACAAUCAAAGAUUGUUACCACAAGUACUGGGCAGAAAGAGGGUAAAAGGUUCCACUAUGGUAAAUUUGGAAAACCGUUUACAUAUAGCUCAACAAUUAUUAGGCACAGAAGAGUUCACACAGAAGAGAAGUCGUAUUCCUGUUCAGAAUGUGGGAAAUAUUUCGUAUUUAAAUCACAUCUUGUUAUACAUGAGAGAAUUCACACAGGAGAGAAGCCAUAUUCAUGUUCAGAAUGUGGGAAAUCUUUUACAAAUAAAUCAAAUUGUUUCAUACAUGAAAGAAUUCACACAGGGGACAAGCCAUUUUCAUGUUUUGAUUGUGGAAAAUGUUUUAUUACUAAAGCAAAACUUAGGGAACAUCAGAGGAGUCACACAGGAGAGAAACCAUAUACAUGUUCUGAAUGUGGGAAGUCUUUUAUUAAGAAGUCAAUUCUUGUUAGACAUAAGAGAAUCCACACAGGUGAGAACCCAUUUUCAUGUUCACAGUGUUGGAAAUGUUUUAAAAAUAAGUCGCAUCUUGUUAGACAUGAGAGAAUCCACACAGGACAAAAGCCAUAUUCAUGUUCAGACUGUGGGAAAUGUUUUAUAAAUAAAUCAGAGCUUGUUAUACAUGAGAGAAGUCACACAGGAGAGAAACCAUAUUCGUGUUCACAUUGUGGCAAAUCUUUUACAAGUAAAUCAUAUAUUGUGAGACAUGAGCGAAUUCACACAGGAGAGAAGCCAUUUUCAUGUUCAGAAUGUGAGAAAUGCUUUAUAAAUAAAUCAGAGCUUGUUAUACAUGAGAGAAGUCACACAGGAGAGAAGCCGUAUCCAUGCUCAGAGUGUGGAAAAUGUUUUACAAAUAGAUCAAAUCUUGUUAAACAUGAGAAAAAUCACACCGGGGUGAAGCCAUUUGCAUGUUCAGAAUGCGAUAAAUGUUUUACCAAUAAGUCAAAUCUUGUUAUACACGAGAGAAUUCACACAGGAGAGAAGCCAUUUUCAUGUUCAGAAUGUGGGAAAUGUUUUAAAGAUAAAUCAAGUCUUGUUAAACAUCAAAGAUGUCACACAGGUGAGAAGUUGUAUUCAUGUUCAGAAUGUGGGAAAUGCUUUACACAAAAAUCAAGUCUUGUUAGGCACGAAAGAAGUCACAAAGGAGAAAAGCCGUAUUCAUGCUCACUAUGCAGGAAAUGUUUUGGAGAUAAAUCUCAUCUUGUUAUACAUGAGAGAAUUCACACAGGAGAGAAGCCGUAUUUCUGUUCAGAAUGUGGGAAAGGUUUUAUUACUAAAGCCAAACUUGGGAUUCAUCAGAGAAGUCACACAGGGCAGAAGGUGUUUUAAUCUUCUAUGUGUGGAAAAUGUAUUAGAAGGAAGGGGAAAAAAUUAUUUGAACCCAGCAGGUUUCACAGAUUUUAAGCAAUUUUAUCCAAUAAGGAGAUUUAUUUUUGGGCUGAAUCAACCUGGAUUGGCCAGACAUCCAAAUUAUAUUUGCCUGAAGUCCUCAGUGACCGGGAUCCAUGGAGGUAAAUUGUUGCUGAUAUAAGGAACAAAAGAAGAGCCUUGUAUUUUGUCAGAGCAGUGAAGAUGAAUUAUCUCCAUGAACAUUUCUUCAUACUGUAUUCAUACCUCCACCCACACUGCAGGAGAAUCCAGAGGACAUAGUGAAAAAAAGAAGGACUCCCCAUGAAAUCUUUUAACAUACUUUAUGUGGACAUAUUGAUGAUCAGUCUUCAUUCAUACAGUAUAUAAAGAUAAAGGUGCUGGAACUUGGAAAAAACAGUAAUACAUUCAAUUCACAAUCAUUUUUUGAGACAAAAAAUUCUCGAACACUUGGUGCUAUCCUUUCGCAUAAGCAACCUUGGCAAUCAUUUAUUGUAAAGCUUCAUUCACACUUGUCAUUUUUGAUCGGCCUUUAAUAUAAGUAUUUGUAAUCCAUAACUAGGAGGAAGAUGUGGAAAUCUUUCCAUUACACGUGUGUCUGUUCGCGUUCUGCUCCUGGUUCAGGCUUAUACAAACACUGACCGAAAUACACAAGUGUGUG